AUGGUGUGUCUCGGUAUUUUCACCGGCUGCGAUCCUCUCUUGCUGGAACCGGGUCUCGUCGUCGUCUUCUGGUUGUUGCAAUGCGUGGGGAACACGCUCGACUACGACCACAGCAACAGCAAGGUUUGCUCCGCCCUGAUCACCUCCAUGUACGUGGACAUCCUUGAAACCUCCGGUGCUCUACUCUGUAUGACUAAAUUCACCGGCCUCCGCGACCCCGCCACUUCCGAUCCCGAGAACUCGACGACCACGUACUGUGUUGCUGCGUUCUCCAUCUCCCAAGGCACACUCAUGCGUACCUCCCCCGUCACAGCCUUCGCCGAGUCCGCCACCGUUAUCUCCGAACGUGGCCAAUCCGGCACCAUCGUCAUGUUUGCCGAUACCGUUUCGUCGAUUCUCUUCAUACCCUUCUUCGCAUCGAUCCCGCCCUCACUGGGGCGACCAGUGGUGCUCUCGCUAUAG